CCCGAAGGCCGCGGGGGCGGAGGCCUCCUGCGGCGGCUGCCGCCGGCCGCCCCGCUCGUGGCGCGCGGUUAUUUCUCUCCUUUAAAAGCAUGAAGAGAAAUUACUGGAGAGGUAAAGAAAAGCAUGGAUGGAGCAAUCGCAAACGAAGUUACCAUCGCUGUCGGUAUAGAAGAACCAAUCACAGUGACUAUGCAGAAAGACUUGAACAGGAGACGACACAGUCCCCCGUGACUGCAGGCCCCAGCAACAGUGAAAAUCCUUAUUCCAGUUUAACCCAGAACUCUGUAGCACCAGAACUGCCAGGAUUUUACUAUGACUCGGAAAAGAACCGCUAUUUUCGUCUACUGCCUGGGCAUAAUAACUGUAAUCCACUCACCAAGGAGAGCAUUCAGUACAAGGCGAUGGAAUGUAAAAGACUGAGACUCUUAGAAGAGGAAGAAAAACAAAAGAAGAAAACAGCUAGGGCUGGACUCAACUCAUCUAUGCUGUUACAUAAAAGGCAGCUGGGUUUGCUCAGCUCCACAAGUUAUUGCAGACUAGUCCAUGAAUUAAAAGUAAGCUGCAUGCAGAGGAGGAAGAUAGAAAUUCACAGUCCAGAUUCCUCAGUCGCUGGAACCAACAAUUUUAAAAUAAUUGUGGCAGAUGUCGCUUGUGAGCGGAUAUUCACUGUGAACGAUGUAGAACAUGGAGGGUGUAAAUAUGGUAUCAUCAAUCUCAGUGGUUUGGGGAAGGAGUCUCUCACUGUGGAGAUGUAUGACAAUCUCUACUUCACAAACCGCAAGGUGAAUUCUGUGUGCUGGGCGUCCUUGACUCAUCCAGAUUCUCAUGUUUUGCUGUGUCUUAUGGGAAUUGCAGAAACGCCAGGCUGUGCCAGUCUGCUUCCAGCGUCAUUGUUCAGCAACUCUAACCCAGGAGAUCGACCUGGAAUGCUGUGCAGCUUUAAGAUAUCCACUGCCUGGUCCUGUGCUUGGUGCCUGAAUCCCCAAGCAGACAACUGCUUCAGUACAGGCCUGACACGACGAGUUCUUGUGACCAAUGUAGUGACAGGGCAUCGACAGACAUUUGGAACCAGUAGUGAUGUCUUAGCACAACAGUUUGCCACACAGACCCCAGUGCUGUACAAUGGCUGCCGUUCAGGUGAGAUUUUCAGCAUUGAUGUGCGUCAACGCAACCGAAAGGGCCAAAGCUGGAAAGCAAUUCGUCUGUUCCAUGACUCAGCAGUUACAUCUAUUCGCCUUCUCCAAGCUGAACAUUAUGUUAUAGCAGCAGAUAUGGCUGGAAAGAUAAAGCUGUGGGACCUGAGAACAGCAAAAUGUGUGAAACAGUACAAAGGCCAUCACAAUGAAUAUGCUGUCCUCCCUUUGCAUGUAAAUGAGGAGGAAGGACUUCUUACAGCAGUUGGUCAGGAUUGCUACACCAGAAUCUGGAGUCUGCAAGAUGCCCAUCUGCUCAGAACCAUCCCUUCUCCCCAUCCAUCAUCCAAAGAUGCCAUUCCCAGCGUGGUGUUUUCUUCAAGACUUGGGGGUAGCCGAGGAGUUCCUGGCUUGCUCAUGGCUGUCAAACAGGAUCUCUACCAUUUCUCCUAUAACUGACGCAGUUGCUAUUCUUGACAGACCUGGGAUACAAAGCCACCAUCCUAUAGGUGACUUAAAUUGUUAAAUGACUGUGCCAAUGAGUCAAUAUAUGCUGUUGUUGCAUCUGCUUUAGUCAUGAAAUUCUGAACCUCCUUCAGCAGGUUCAGCAAGCCUUGCUCUAUACAUCUCAGACAUAUUAUAAAUAAAAGCAGAAUGCUGAUUCAUUUCUCA